GGCGGGACGUGGCUGGGUUGGCGAGCUCCCCUUGCUGUGAGGCUGCCCCACACCAGGCACGUGGGCAACGGGCCAUGGCGGCCUCAAUUAUCGGCCAGGAGCUGGGCCAAAUCUCUGGCCAGGCAAAAAUAGACCUCUUAUUAGUUGGAGAUGUCACUGCUCAGUACCUGGCCGAUAUUGUACAGAAAUUCUUUUACUGUAUGGCGGAAGUCAUCAUCACCAUUAGUGAUGUGAGGAAGUUGGCGACACUUCUGGAUGCGUGCGCAUUCAACAUGGUUUUCCUGAAGGUGACUUUACCAACUGUCCAGGAGCUGGAAGCUGUCAACUUAAUUAGAGAACGAAUCAAGUAUUGUUGUGAGCAGCUGCGUACUCUGUUGCCAUAUAUAAAGGGGAGAAAGAAUGACACAGCUUCAAUUAUUGAGGCAACAGUUGAGCAUGUGAAGUAUGUCCGGGAGAGAAUCCCUCCAGCCGUGAUGGGCCAGAUUACAGAAGCACUUCAGAGCAAUGGGAGGUUUUGUAAGAAACAACCAGUGCCCAUCCAGUUCUCCCUCCCUGGCACGGUCAUGGCCCAGAGGGAAAACAGUGUGUUGGCAAGCACGUAUUCACCUGUGAGAGGGAUCAGGUUCCUGGCUAAUCAGUGCUUGAACAUGUACUCUGUCCCCACCUUAGGGGGCUCUGUGGAUGAUGCCAUGAGAGGUCAGUCUAGCUCCACUUCGGAGAAUGCUAUUGGUGAUAUGUAUAAAAGUCUAGUUCCCAGCACAGCUCUCUCUCUUAAUUCCUUCCAUGCUGUCAGAUACUAUUCUAAAGUCAUCCCUUCCUAUGAUGCAGCAGCCGUGACAAAUCAGAACAUCUCAGUUCAUUUUCCACCAGCUGUGCCCAAAGUCUCAAAGUUUCUUCCUCAGCACUGCAAUUCUGUGCUGGACCAGACGUGCACAAUAUAUCCCAACUGCCUGCAACAGUUUUGGGCAUAUUAAUAGCACAUGUUUGAAACUCACACUCUAGACCACCUAUUGGGCGCAGUUUGAUAAUACGGGAAGAAUGGAACAAAGAAUGAUCUUGAAAGCUACACCCAAAGACCUAAUAUCAAAAGAAUUUGCAUUGUAUGGCUUCUGAUAAAUGGGCUAAAAGCUUCUACAGAUAGAAAGGCAGCAAACGUGCUAGCCACAUGCCUUCACUUAUCUUCAUACGUACUUGGAUCUCCCCACCCAGAGAGCUACAAGAACAAAUGGCCUAGGUGACCUAGACCCUUUUUUUCCCCCACAAAGAAUAUUCCACAAUUUAUGGAAAAAAAGUGCAUUAUAGAAAAGAUCCACGUAGACUUGAUAAGUGGUAAAAUUGUGGAGGUGCAUUGAUACUCUGGUGUCACUGAGUACAGAUAUGGCAAUUUGACUCUUAUUUUUAGUAUCACCAUGCAUUACUUAUUUCCAGGUCUUUUUUUUUUUUGUAGGUUUCACAUUUUAAAGAGCUUCGUUAUUUACCAUUCAAACUAAGAUACCUUAAUUUGAGAGAGGUGUUUACCUCCCCGCUUGACUGCUAAUGAAUAAAUUGACAUGUUUGUUUUUACAUUUCAUAAUUCCUUGAGUUAAAUAAUAGCUAAUGGGUGAAUUUUUCUUUCUGGAUCUUCAGUUACAAACUAGCAGGUACUUCUUUGUUUUUCAUCUCUUCCUUCCCAUAGGUGUUAGAAAAGACUGUUGAAAAGAAGGGAAAAAAUUGUUUGUUUUAUAUUUCCUUGAAAUGUUCUUAUGCAUAAUAUAAGUUUUAUUGUUACAUAUUCAGUUUUGACCCUGAAAAUAGUAACCCAUUUUCGUUUUGUUUAAUAAAUAUGUGUUCCCUCUUUUAAUAGUAUUAUGUAGGGAAUUUAAUUUUACUAGAUUUUUGAGAAGUUUAAAAAUUACUUUAGGCAUAGCCUAAUUUUCAUGUUAAAUUGUAUAGCUUUCCUUUGAGGAUGCCUUGAUGAUGGAAUCUGUAGA